ACUGCGCACCAGGCGCCCUGUAGACGAAAUAGAGUAGCAACGGAGGCGCAGGAUUGCGUCCGCCGUCGGCGACACGGCACACAUUAGCUAAACUCAGCUGCACCGGAAAUUCACAGUGAUCACCGACAAAUUCAAGCAGAAAACACGAUUUUAAACUCUAAUUUUGACCUCCAAAUUUGUAAAAAGCCAGUUCAAUUUCAGGAUCAUUGUUAGAAAAAGAAGUAGAAAAAUGUGGGUAUUCUAUUUGAUCUCCUUGCCGCUAACCCUAGGCAUGGUGAUUUUAACACUAAGAUAUUUCGCCGGUCCAGACGUGCCCCGAUACGUGUACUUUACAGUAGCGUACACCUGGUUUUGCUCAAUUUCCAUCAUCAUCCUCGUCCCAGCCGAUAUUUGGACGACUAUUAUUGGUCAUUAUAAUGGAGGAAUCUCUUUCUUUUGGAGUUGGUCAUACUGGAGUACAUUCUUACUCACUUGGAUUGCAGUGCCCCUUAUUCAGGGUUUUGAGGAUGCUGGGGACUUUACAGUUACAGAAAGAUUGAAGACCAGCAUUCAUGUAAACUUAGUGUUCUAUUUAAUAGUGGGGUCCAUUGGCCUUCUUGGGCUUAUUCUUCUUGUUACUAUGAGCAAAAAUUGGGACCGAGACUUGCUAGGUUUUGCCAUGGCAUGCUCGAAUACAUUUGGGCUUGUAACUGGUGCUUUUCUUCUUGGUUUUGGUUUGAGUGAGAUUCCAAAGGGCAUUUGGAGAAAUGCUGAUUGGACAACUCGCCAAAAGGUUCUGUCCCAUAAAAUUGCCAAAAUGGCUGUGAAACUUGAUGAUGCUCAUAAAGAGUUAUCAAAUGCGAUAGUGGUUGCUCAGGCAACAUCAAAACAGAUGUCCAAGCGUGAUCCCCUCAGACGUUACAUGGAUGUUAUCGAUAAUAUGUUGGUGCAGAUGUUUAGGGAAGACCCAUCCUUCAAACCACAAGGUGGUAGACUGGGUGAAAAUGACAUGGAUUAUGAUACAGAUGAAAAAUCAAUGGCAACAUUAAGGUGUCAUCUUCGGGGGGCUAGAGAGGAGUAUUAUCGGUGCAAAAGUGAGUACAUGACUUUUGUCUUGAAGGCUCUUGAAUUGGAAGAUACCACAAAGAAUUAUGAUCAACGGAGUGCAACUGGAUGGAAGUAUGUCUCCAGCCUCAGACCUGAGCGGAAUGGGUCAUUUGGAUCCUUUCUGGAUGCCUUGGAAUUUAUCUGGCGGUGCAUCCUGGAAAAGCAAUUUGAGAAAGUUUUGGCUGUCAUUCUUGGUUGCAUGUCUGCUGCUAUUCUUUUGGCAGAGGCAACCAUGUUGAUUGGAGGAGUAGAUUUAUCUCUAUUCUCAAUACUGAUAAAGUCUGCAGGAAAUCAAGAGGUUCUUGUGCAGGUCUUUGCAUUUGUUCCUUUGAUGUAUAUGUGCAUUUGCACUUACUAUUCACUAUUUAAAGUUGGGAGGCUGAUGUUCUAUUCAUUCACACCAAGGCAAACAAGCUCAGUCAGCUUGCUAAUGAUAUGCUCGAUGGUUGCUCGAUAUGCGCCUCCGAUCUCGUAUAAUUUUCUCAAUCUCAUUAGUCUUCACGGGGAUAAAAAAACUAUAUUUGAGACGCGGAUGGGAACCAUUGACAGUGCUGUCCCAUUCUUUGGUAAAGGAUUUAACAAUAUAUAUCCUCUUAUCAUGGUUAUAUACACGCUGUUGGUUGCUAGCAAUUUCUUUAACCGUGUCAUCGCUUUCUUUGGGAGCUGGAAGAGACUUAGACUUCAGACUGAAGAAGAUGAUGUGGAUGGUUUUGACCCAUCAGGAUUGCUUAUACUGCAAAGAGAACGAACUUGGCUUGAACAAGGCCGCAAAGUUGGUGAGCAUGUUAUUCCUUUGGCCAGGAACUUCAAUGGCAUGAGCACGGAUUUGGAGUCCGGCAGCCAUGACAUGGACAGGAGUACUGUUGAAAUGAAGGUUACGACAGAUGUGAUCGAGGAUGAUCUGAAGGGAAGUUCAUCAAAACCUUUGAAGGAGGAGGCCCGUAGUAAGUAUGGGGGGAGCAAAGAAGCCAUUAGCAGCAAAUAUGCUUCCAUGAGGGAACAGAGCAAACAAAUACCUAACCAGAAGCUAGCAGAGAAUAUGGCAUCUGCAAAGGUCUCUUUGCUUGAUGCCGGAAGCUCGAAAUCUGGGGGCUCAAGUGGUAUUAAGUCCGGUUUAACCUCGAGGUGGGCAUCUAUGAAGGCAGGUUUUCAAACUUUUAAAGCAAACAUGGAAUCAAAAAAAUUUCUGCCUUUGCGUCAAGUUCAAGAGACCCAAAUUUUAUCUCGUGCAUCCUCGUCAGAAUCUCUUGAUGACAUAUUCCAAAGACUGAAGCGACCUUCUGCUGAACAUGGAAAUCAUAGCGAUGAAGAUGAAGCUGGAAUGGAGAUCAGAGUUGAUGGUCCUACAAGAUAACAUUGUUGGUUGUCCCAGUAUCCGGGGUACAUAUUAUACUCAUUGACGUUGUAAAUGAAGACACCAAAGGAACCAACAUGAUGUACAGGUUGGGAAAAUGUUUGACCAAGUUCUUUUCCAUUGUUGUAGAAUUCAACAGAAGUGGCUGUGCAAGAGGAAAGUUGAAGAGGGUGGUAGCGUUAAGCAAUAUAAAUGUCCAACAGCUGAUGGCAGAAUUGUGGGCCUGCAAUCCGAUACCUGACAUGUAUUUUCCACUAGGUGCAGAACAUGGAUGCAGAAUGUACCCUUUUUUUGUUUUUUCUUUGGUACUAAAUUGAUGUUCUGGCAUAUUUAGUGACGUACCUCACAAGCUCAAUGCCAACGUACCUUUUCUUGGUUGAAUAUAGAAUUCGAGGGUUUUAUAUCUAACA